GCAAUUUAUUAAAAUUCUGCACAAACUCUGGACUCCGGAUAUAUUCUCAUAUCUCUCUCACGCCUUCCCUUUUAUCUCUGAGAUUUUCUCUCUUAUUUUCUGUUUGAGGAAAUUGAGAAAAGAAACACCAGAGGGGGAGAGAGAGUUCCAGCCGAGGCCCAGCUCCUCUCCGCGCAGCGCCGCAGCCCACUUACCCCUUCGAUCCAGCCCACCUCAUUAGGCCCAGCCCACCUAAAUCUUCUAACCCUAGCGAGCAUCUCCCCUCGUACCCCCGCUCCAUCCCUCUCGUUCCCUCGCACCACCACGCACACACACCGCAUCGCAGGGGGGCAGCGCCCCACGCCAGAUCCCCUCGACCGCUACCCUAGCCCCGGCCAUGGCGACUGCGCCGGCGACCCUGGAGGCUGCUGCUCCGCGCCAUCUCCGCUCCUCGUUCCUCUGCCCGUGCGUCGGCGUCGCCUCCAGCAGCUCCUCCCCGUCGUAUCUGCCUCGCCCGGCCUCCUCAACCCCAUCGCUAGCAGCCGCCGCGUCGUCCAUGGCGUCGGUCGGACCUCCACAGCGCCGCCGCCCCGUCGACUCUCCUCUGCAGCUCCUUCCUCUGCAAGCCGCCGUCGUGCCCCGUCCAGCAGGGACCAUGCCCUCGUCCCGUCCCCUGCAUCCUUCCUCCCGUGCCCCACGACCCCCUCGUGCCGACCAGCGACCGUCGCUGCCUCCGCACCCUCGCCCCCUCGCACUCCAGAUCGGGAGAGGAGCUCCCGAUCCAGAGUUGGUCGCUGCACCGGGCUUCGUCUUCGCGCCUUCGCUGCCCGCCUUCGUUCGCUGGUGCCUCGUCUGCAGGGACCUCACCGUGCACCAGUGCCGCGACUUCCUCCUCUGCUCCCGAGUCCCCGCUUCGCAGCUGCGCCUCCCCUGGCCUCACCGCCUCGCUGCAGUGAUCUUCCUCAAGCAACCCUUCAUGGUUCCUCUUUGCUGUGAACCGCCAAGUACCACCGCACCGAGUCUUUUGCCUUGCUUUGUUUUGGGUUGAAGGCCGAGACGAGACCGCCAAGAUGCACCCUGGUUUCGACAAGUUCCUCACGGCGACCCUGAACAUCUACGGGAUAUGUACGACUUUGAACCGUGUACCACGACGAACAUGUACGGCUACACGACGACCCGCAAGACCCUGAACAACUACCGCCGCCGCCGUGUACCACUACUUCCGCUACGUUGCCACGUGAACGUCUACCUCCACUAUGGCCGUGAACGACUACAUCCUUCGCCGAACUCGAUCCGCUUCGUUGAUGCACGAUUCAAAGCUUCGGUUUCGUUCCGGAGUUGUGAGGAUUCGUUCGACUACGUCCGUUU